AUGCCCAAUUUCUAUGCUUCUACAAACAGUACACCUCAGCAUCUACCUCAAUCACUUUUCUCUCAAUUUCACCACCAGCAACAGCAUCGUCAACAACAACCAAUGCCUCAACAAUCCUCGACAUAUGCAUCACAACAACAGCAUCAACAGCAAAAUAUGGAAUCAUCAAUGAGAAGAACCUCCGAACAAACCUUCCCUCAACACUAUCCAUCAUCAUCUUCUGCCUCUUCAAUGUUUCGUAAUCAAUUAUCGACUAUUGGAGUUUCCAUAUCACAUGCCCAACCUUCCUCAAUAAUUCAUUCACAACAAACAGAACAUGACAGAAAUGACCGUUACAGAAAUUCCAAGUCUGCAAACUUUAUUACUACUACCACUAGAAAUGCAACCUUUCAAAAUGCAAUUGAUCCACUUGGAGGGACAGCAAUAGGAGAGAUUGGAAAAUCCAAAUCAGCAACCCCAGGACGAUUUGAAGCAAAAGGAUCACUUAUUCUAUCCAACAGCUCGAGUAAUCACAGUAAUACUAAUUCAGAAACAAGUGUGCUGGUUCAUGAAAAUGAAAAGUUUGGAGAUGAUUUCCAUGAAAUUGAUGAAGGAUUCUUGUAUUUGCAUCCAAGUUGGCCAGUUUAUGUUUACACUGAGAGGGGAGAAGUGUUUAUGAGAGUGUUGUGUAUUAAGGUCAAUACUAAGGAAAUAGUUGUAUUUGAUCCAUUCUCAAAACGUGUCUUUCAACAAGGAAACUUUGUGGAUUUGAAAAAGAUUUCGUUCGAUACCAAUGAGGAACAUGACAUUAAUACAAAUUUCAGACUUUUCAGAAUUCAAUUUAAUAAGUUGGAUACAUUAAUAUUUCUAAGUAAGGACAGAAAUGAAAUAAUCAAUUGUCUAUUAUACUAUGCAAAAGAGUUUAGAGAACAUUAUGAUGAGGAGAUUAACUUUGAAAAGAAUCCGAAUGCAAUUACAUUUACGCCUGAUAUUAAUGUUUCUCUUCAUCAUUUCCAAGUUUUUGGCAUUGAUAAGAGAGGUAGAUUUUUCCCACAUACUUUAUCACUCUAUUCGAAUCAUUUGAGGCACGUUGAUUCAGAGACAAAAGAGCCAUUCUCAACACAUGCAUAUUCUGAUAUAGAGGGUGAUGUUGAGAUUGAUCCAGACAUGCCCACAAAGUUGACAAUACGGUACAGGGACGAUAAUCCAUACUCAUUCUUGGUUUCUGAUAAGGAUAGAAGUGAGGUCCUUGUAUUGCUGCAAGGAAGAUCUUUCAUUUAUAGACCUCCACAUUCUCACGUUCAAAUAUUUGACGGUGUAGAGUUGAAUACAUCUCUUGGUGAAUUGAAUCCAACGAGUGAUUUCCCUCAAAAAAUAGCAAAGAAUGUUUCUGAAGUGGGUGUGAUAUUGGCAGAACCAGAGCCAAUUAAGAAUCAAUCAGGUUUUUAUCAAAAACCAGAAGAGGAAAUCACAGAGAGAAACAAGAUAAAUCUUGAUGUGUUACAAAAGGGACUCAGAAUGUUUAUGCACGUACCAAAGAAACUUGUUUUGAGAGGGAAGAAAACCACUGCAAAGCAAAGAGUUAUUAGAAUGUUUUUUGACAAGCUCUUGAAUAAGGUGGUAAUUCAAUGGGGAGAGAGUAGUGAUAAACUCAAUCACAGAGCCUUUGUUGAAAGUAUUGAGGAAGGAAAAUCAACAGUUAUUGAGAGCUCUAAAAUUAGUAAUUUCCAAUCAUCCAAUUUUUCAUUUGCAAUUAAUGUUGAAUGUAAGGAGAAAUCAGCAACAGUUGGUGGAAGAUUGUUCUUGGUUGCCAAUGGAACUAUUGAAUAUCAUCAUGUUAUUGAUGGAGCAAAAUUGCUCAUAGAACAAAAGAUUCAAAGAGGUUUAAAAAAGAACUAG